GCGAAGCGGCGUAAUUGUAAACUCAUUUACGUUUAAUGAAGCAAUUUAACCCAUAUCACACGAAUUGACCAGCAGAUUGGGGUUCAAAAAGUAAGGCGAAAACAAAAUAGAAGCAGCUAUAGACGUAGCCUCCGGCGCAUCCGACAAAGUGAAAAAUGAAAAGCCAAAACAACGACAAGCUGUGCAACCUCAAGGAUUUGGUACCCUUCUACAAGAAAGAUAAUGAAAAACUGAACGAAAAUACAGAGGAUAUUGUAUAUUCGGUAAAAAAGAAAUUUAACUUUAUUAAAGAAAAAAAGGAGACUACAUUUAAUAAGUAUGAAAAUACCAAGAAAAAUUUGGAUCUCCUCAAUCGAGAAUUAAAACUCAACAAGAUUUCUCUCGUGCAACAAAAAAUUGAACAUGAAGAGCUGAAGACGAAAAAUGAAGAAAUAUUAAACAAAUUUGAAAACCUCAAGCAUUCCAAGUACACCUACCAAAUUAUGUUGCAACGGCUCAAGAAGGAAAAGAAAAUGCUAUACUUCUACUUAAACUCCUUGGAGAGAACAGUCACGAGCCUUAAAAAUAACGAACGACAACUGCAUAACGAGAUUCAAAAAAUAACAUCGGAAAAUAAAAAUUUAAAAAAAUCCAUCGAUGAGAAAAAAAUGGAACUCAUGAAGGCGAAAAAUAAAAAUGAAGAAAUCCUCAAAUAUAUGAAUGUCAACAAGGAGCACAGCAAUAUACUCAGGAUAAGGAGGGAAAUGAUCAGCGAAUACAAAAACAACAAACUGCACAACGCAGACAUAGCGUUGAUGGUCGAGGAAAAAAAAAAAUUCAAGAAGCUCCUCAUAUACUACUUGCUACACAACAACUACUUAAAACUUAGUGCAUCCAACAUCUUCGAAAAUGCAAGCAACAUAUAUGCCACCAUAUCGAAGCUGAGGGAGGCAACCGGAGUUACAGAUAUUUAUGACAUAAAUCAAAAGUUUCAAGACAUUGAAAAUAAAAAGAAUUUGCUGCAAAAGGAAGAGGAGUCAUCUCAGAAGAAGCUUGAAGACGCCAUUAAGGAAUACAUACUUCUCAACAACGACAUCAUAAAUACUUUUUCGGAGGACAAAAAUAUACUGAAGAACAAAAUUUUAAAUGUAAAGCUGGACAGUAGGCAGGCGAAUGGCAGCACCUACUGGUUUUCGCUGCGCUCCGAUGUUGAAAAGGAAAAAAUAUCAGACGAUAUGUAUGACAUGUACAAGCUCGUCUUUGCAAGCGAAAAGGAACUAGAAGACAUUAACAUCAAGCUGGACAAAAUAAAAAAAUUCUUAGAGAAACAAAACAACUACUUUCACUCGAUUAAUAUGGAAUCUUUGGAGUUUCUGGAAAUUAUCAACCUAUACAAGAACGUCGACUUCCAUAAGAACAUGUGCAGAGUUGACGACACCCUGGACCUUGAAAAUUCUAUAAAACUCGGUACUCUCCAUCUUGAGUGGCUGUAA